UCAGCCACGCAUCCUUCGGAUCCAGGACAUCGUGCCUCGUCCGUAACCCCGUCAGGUAGCAUCGGCAACAAUCCAGCGUCGUCGUUAUUCGUUAACACGUCGUCAACCUCACUUCUGACUCAAGCUGGACUAUUGUCACAUCAAUUGGCAGCCGGUCAACAACUUGGAGUUGAUACACUUCGGUUAUUGCACAAUCCUCAAUUAGCAGCCAGCUUGUCAGCAGCAGCUGCUGCUGGUAAUCCAUUUUUGUCGACAAACACUGGAGCGACAAUUCCAUUGUUGCAUAUGUUACAACAACAACAGCAACAGCAACAACAACAACAACAACAGUCGUGUUAUCCUGGCUUUGUUGAUGAAGGGUUACAGUGCACGCAGUGCUUGGGGGCAUGCGUGUUUAAGAAAUCAACGACCGGUUGUUUACGAUAUUGA